AUGGCCGCUUCAAUACGCCGCACUGUUUUAUCAUACCAGCUCAAUGCCAAACUCUAUACUCUCCCAACUUCAGUGGUAGCAAUCACACCUUUUCCCUCUCUAGCCGAAAGCAACCGCCAACUCUUCAAAUCCGCCACAGACGAUGAUUCUGUUGUCGUGACGGAGGAAACAAUCUUCCACCCUCAAGGCGGCGGACAGCCAUCCGACACAGGAUCCAUGACAUCUUCGUCGGGUUCUUCAUUCUUGGUGUCCGCGGUGCGCAUGUCCGCCACCGACGAAGGCCAAGUUCUCCAUCUAGGCCGCUUCGCCGACCCGUCGAAACCGUUCGCGUCAGGCGAGACAGCUACCCAGCACCUCGACGUCGACAAGCGCCUUCUAUACUCGCGUCUGCAUACGGCAGGGCACGUUCUUGGGGCAGCAGUACGGCACCUUCUCGAGAAACAAGUCCCUGGCUUCGAUGAGCUCAAGGCCAGCCACUUCCCCGACAGCGCUGCGUGCGAGUUUGCCGGUCUCAUCGAGGGAAAGUGGAAGGAUGGCAUCCAGGCCAAAUUAGACGAGUACGUGGCGGCCGCGAUGCCGGUCGAAGUCGAUUUCUGGACCGAGGAGGACUUCAGGACCAAUGGACUCGAGCGCCUGAUCCCCAAUGGUGACGGUGUUAAGCUUGCACCGGGUGAAAAGUAUUGUGUCGUCAAGAUUAUAGGCGCAGAGGUAUACCCUUGCGGUGGCACACAUGUUGACACGACUGAUCAGUGUGGGAAAGUGGGUGUCAGGAAGAUCAGUCGAAGUAAAGGCACCAGUCGGGUGUCCUACAAUGUCAGUUGA